GCCGACAUGUUCCUCACAAACAGGCAUCGUCCCCCCUCAGCCUCUCUUUAAACGCAAAGAUAUUUGCGAAUCAACUGCUCGGCACCGUGCAGCGACCUCUCCGCGCCCGCAGCGUGGAGGGAAGAUUUCGCCUCCUCCGCCGCCGCCGGUGGAGAUAAACUACAGUAACUAAAGUAAGAUAGCUCUGGAUACUAGUUUUGUUGUUAAAAUAAUUUCAAACCUGUUAAUUGCCUUACUGGAAGUGAAUUCUUCAAGUUUACCAAUAUGGCUCUGACUAUUACGUUGCUGAACAGUGCUUACUUACGUGGCAGAUGCUGCAGGCACAAAGUUUUGCACCCCUUACUUGGACCUCUCCUCAGCGAUUCCAUGUCAAAAUUGUAUAGCAGCUACAGGAGGCCAGGGUCACAGCCUGAGAAGGAAACAUCUUUGCAAAAUAUUGAUUUCAGUUUUAAGAAGGGCAUUGAUGUCUUAAAGGCUCAGCUAAGCAUGCUGAAGAAGGAGACCAAAGAUUACUUAAUAGGACCUGGAGGCGAUCCAUUCAGUCGGCAUCUGUUGGAACAGACAAGGGUGUUGUGGGAGUUUCGGAGUCAAGAAGAUUUAAAUAAAUGGGUUAUUUCCUCUGAUGUAGAGAUUGGAGGGAAAAGUGAAGUUUACCUCAAAUUGGGUAGGAAUAACCAGGCUGCUCUGCUCUAUGGAACCCUCAAUACAGAAGUACCUCGUGAUGGGGAGACAAAAUACAGUGGAUAUUGUAGUAUGAGAGCUAAACCGCCAGUGGGAUCUUUUGCUAGGAAGAAGUAUUAUGACUGGUCAAACUUCAACAGCCUGUAUUUACGUGUCCGUGGCGAUGGCAGACCUUGGAUGGUAAACAUUUAUACAGACCCUUACUUCUCUCAUCAAAAGGAUGACCUCUACAACUACUUCAUGUUCACCCGAGGAGGCCCAUACUGGGAGGAAAUAAAGAUUCCAUUCUCCAAAUUCUUUCUCUCCAGUCGGGGAAGAGUCCAGGAUGACCAGCAUCCUAUCUGGUUAGACAAGAUUAGUACCCUUGGAUUCACAAUUGGAGAUAAAGUAGAUGGUCCGUUCCAGCUGGAGAUUGAUUUUAUUGGCCUGCUAAACGAUAGAGCUCAUACAGAAGAAUUUGCCUAUGAAACAUAUGAAAAGAAUCCUCAAGUCUAAGUUGGGCUGGUGUCCUUUGGGGCAUUCUUCAGAUGCUUGGUUCAUUUUUAUAAAACAUUUCUUAACGUGUGGCUUAUAACAACUUGAAGAUUCUCAGUAAACAUUAACGAGAUAAGUGCAUGAAGUGUCGACUGUAGUAAUCUGACUAGAGUGACACCGUUGGCAUCUUCGAGCUGCCAAAUAGAGUCCUGGAGAGACUGUACAUACAUGGACUGGAACAUAGCCUGAGGAGAGUUGUGAUGCAUUCUUACAAAGUAGUAACUGUUGACUGGGUAAGUUUUGGCUUCUGUCCUGACCUUUACAGAAAUAAAAGUAUUUCAUGAG